GUUGUUGCUAUGGAUUAUAAAACCGCUUUCGCGCGCUAUCUAACGUUCGGUGCCGGAACUUACGCUAAGAUGAGACUAGAGGAAGACCUGGUAAUCCGCAGGAGUCGACCGACCAUGAUAUCCGCAAAGUAUCGUGCCAGAGAAGAGCGUAGACGUUUGCUUAAAAUAUCAGCCUCUAAACUCCGCAGUAUCGAAGAUCCAGAAGCUAGUCUAUGUAAAUCUGUAUUAAUAAACAACGCCGUAAAACGACUACAACGUGAGAACACGAGAAAUUAUGGGCUACCAUUAUCUAGUUAUCUUGAUGAUUCGUCCAAGGAAAAUGAUGUUAGUGUUAAUCUUAUUGUUGGCGAUUCUGAAUCCUCCAAAAAGAGACUGGGUGAAGAAUUACGCGGAAGCGAGGGUUUAAGUCCAAAGCGACAAAGGCAUGACGAUUUGGACUUGCAAGACGAAGUGUUCAGCGACUUUUACAUACUGCCACCCACUCCGCGCCUGCUGUCCCACAUAGACGACCUGCCGGAUCAACAGUCGGAUAACUCCUUGGCGAGUUAUCACCAGCAUGAUAAUCGGCUGGGAUCAACGAGCGAGCGUUCGACGACAUCUACCAAUCUCUUCUCGGCGGACAUUGUCGACACGUCGCUGUCGUCAAUCGGUCGAUCCACAGACUCUAUAAGCUUAAUGGACGUGACGGACGUCGGGGGCGACACCGACAGAAUUUGCGACUUCUCCAGAUUCUCCGACUCAAAAACUCUAGAGGAGCGGCUAGUGGAGUUUCACUCCCUUGACGAGCACUUUGACCUCACCAAAUUCGAGAGAAAUAACAACCAGAGUUGCGGGAGAGCCUUUCAUGACAUCCAGACCUUCCACAGUCUUGUGCCCGGUCUUGAGACCUAG